AUGGCCAAUCAAAUUGAGGUGAUCGAUGAGAAUGAGAAAGAGAAUUCAGACGAAGUUUAUACGGUCUCAAUUGCUAAUUCAGUCAUUGCAGUAGGCGGUGGCAACGAGUCAGUUGUUCUCAGUGACAUCAAAUCGGAAGAGAUUCUUCUGGUGAGUGACAGUUUUGGUGAAUCAAUCGUAUUCUGCAAAAUUAUUGAGAAAUCAGCUGAUGACGUCAAAUUCAUCGUAGUCACCGUUGAUGGAAUGAUCUACUGCAUUUCCAAGAUUGAACACGUUCUGGAUCUGGUUCAGAUUGACGAAAGUGUCUCAACCUGUGCAUUCAUUGACAGCUGUCUACUUGUUGGAGCUGAAUCAGGCAAGAUCUACGCAUAUUCAGAUCAUAUUGAACACAUCAAUACGAUAUCAGGAGAUUCACAGAUUAUUGAUAUUGAUAAGAAUGGUGAUCAAUACUAUGGAUUAUCAGUUAAUCAAGUAAUUGUUGGUGAUCAAUACGGAAAUAUUCUAUUUAGAAAGAUGCUCGAUAAUCCAAAUUGUAUCAAGGCAGUCUCAGGUGGCGUAUUUGCUGUUGGAACUGAUAAAAAAGUGUUCAUCUUCAAAAACAAUACCAAAUUGAUGGAAUAUUCCACAGGUGGAGCAGUUGAAUCAAUUUGCAUUUCAGAAAGAUCAUUUGUUUUAAGUGGUCAGUUUGAUGGACUAAUUGUGAUCAGUAUGGCUAACUACAGCGUAUUCAACAUGAAAAUGGGUAUGGAAAUGAGCAACCUGAGACAUGUAUCGACCUAUGGAUUACUUUUUACAACAAUUAUACAAGAUAAUGAACAAUAUGUUGGUUAUUUGGAUGUGCGAGAUAAAAACAGUUGCAGGAAGCAGCCUGUUUCAGUAGGACACGUCUUUGAUAUCGCAUUUGAAUUGAAUAACAACGGUAUUACGACUGUUUUGGGUGGUGAACUUGGCCAUGAAGUUGUGGAAAUAAGCUUAAAAUAA